CAACAACAACCCACAACAGGAAACUCAUGCACUAUGCGCUCACCGAAGGGUAGACGACUGGGUAGGAGUCCGACCAAAGGGUAGAUGAACUUUGUUUUUAAACUAGAUCCCGUGGGCACCUUCGCCGACCACCUUCAACGUUCUUGUCAUAUACGGGCUACUUUAGGGCUGCAUCGUACCGAUCCCCCAAGCCGAACCACGACACGUUUAAAAUCGACAGGGAUGGUUGUAGUUUUUGGGUACCACUACGUAUCGCCCUCCUCACCUUUCCUGAUUUUGCACGACAUCGAACACUCACAUCUUCUUCCCUCCAAACAACCGCUCCCUCGUGUGGAUGAUUCCUUCGACCUCCAUAGCGUCUGGUCCGGUUACAACCACGGGCGCCUUCGUCAAAUCACUGCCGGUGCCCCUUCCUGUCCUGUUGAAACUGUCAUCGGGGCUUUUGAGAGAGACCUACGCGCACAGAAAAAUGCCUUUGGAUCAUUUGCGGCGCUUGUGGAUGAGGUGCUGCGUAGGAGGGAGCGAGGCGAUGACCCCAUGUCACUAUCACUGCUGCUCUUGACAGGGGUUACUGAGACAUAA